GAGGGGCUGGAGCAUCAGCGCGAGUAGCUCGGAGCAGCCGCGGCAGCGGCGGCGCGUCGUUGCAGUUGCGCCAUCUGUCAGGAGCGGAGCCGGCGGGGAGGGGGCUGCCGCGGGAGAGGAGGAGGGGUCGCCGCGAGCCGAAGGCCGCCGAGACCCGCCCGCCGACCGGCCGCGGGAGCAGAGGAGAGGCUGCCCUCGGAGCCGCGCGUCCAUCACCGCCCGGGCGCGCGGCGCUUCACCCCGCGCACCGAGGGCUCCCCAGGCGCACACAAAGCCGCCGCCCGCGCCUGGGAGGGAUCCGGUCGCCGGGCCGGGGACACCCGGCGCCGCCCCCUGGGCACUCUCCGAAGGCCCACCGGCUCCCGGGCCCGCCGAGCAACCACCGGAGCCGCUUCGGCCGCGCCGGAGGAGGCGGGGAGUGGACCAUGUGAAUGGGCUCCGGAGCCUGAGCGCAGCGCAGGUCGUAUGGGCCGUUGGUUGUGAUGGGCAAGAUGGCAGUGCUCCACGGGUGUUAACAGUGCAUAGAAACACAGGCAAGAGGGGGAAAGCUCCCACAGCAUAACAGCGGUCCCCGAGUUUCUAGAUUUUUCAUUGAGUUUUUUGAAGAAGCAGGAUGCUGAUCUAGACGUGGAAAAAGACCAGUCCAGCAGCCGUAUUAGAAGACAUGUGGUAUAUAUAAAGUUUGUGAUCGUUGGGGGAAAUUUUGGAAUUUAGAUAAUGGGCUGUGUGCAAUGUAAGGAUAAAGAAGCAACAAAACUGACGGAGGAGAGGGAUGGCAGUCUGAACCAGAGCUCCGGGUACCGCUAUGGUACAGACCCCACUCCCCAGCACUACCCCAGCUUCGGCGUGACCUCCAUCCCGAACUACAACAACUUCCAUGGGGCCGGGGGCCAAGGACUCACCGUCUUUGGGGGUGUGAACUCUUCGUCUCAUACUGGGACCUUGCGAACGAGAGGAGGCACAGGAGUGACCCUGUUUGUGGCCCUUUAUGACUAUGAAGCACGGACGGAAGAUGACCUGAGUUUUCACAAAGGAGAAAAAUUUCAAAUAUUGAACAGCUCGGAAGGAGAUUGGUGGGAAGCGCGCUCCUUGACAACUGGAGAGACGGGUUACAUUCCCAGCAAUUAUGUGGCUCCAGUUGACUCCAUCCAGGCAGAAGAGUGGUACUUUGGAAAACUCGGCCGGAAAGAUGCUGAGCGACAGCUUUUGUCCUUUGGAAACCCACGGGGUACCUUUCUUAUCCGUGAGAGUGAAACCACCAAAGGUGCCUAUUCACUUUCUAUCCGUGACUGGGAUGAUAUGAAAGGAGACCACGUCAAACAUUAUAAAAUUCGCAAACUUGACAACGGUGGAUACUAUAUUACCACCCGGGCCCAGUUUGAAACCCUUCAGCAGCUUGUACAACAUUACUCAGAGAGAGCCGCCGGCCUCUGCUGUCGUCUAGUCGUUCCCUGUCACAAAGGGAUGCCGCGGCUUACCGAUCUGUCAGUCAAAACCAAAGAUGUCUGGGAAAUCCCUCGAGAAUCCCUGCAGUUGAUCAAGAGACUGGGAAAUGGGCAGUUUGGGGAAGUAUGGAUGGGUACCUGGAAUGGAAACACAAAAGUAGCCAUAAAGACUCUUAAACCAGGCACAAUGUCCCCUGAAUCAUUCCUUGAGGAGGCGCAGAUCAUGAAGAAGUUGAAGCAUGACAAACUGGUCCAGCUAUACGCCGUGGUGUCCGAAGAGCCCAUCUACAUCGUCACCGAGUAUAUGAAUAAAGGAAGUUUACUCGAUUUCUUAAAAGAUGGAGAAGGAAGAGCUCUGAAAUUACCAAACCUCGUGGACAUGGCAGCACAGGUUGCCGCAGGAAUGGCGUACAUCGAGCGCAUGAAUUACAUCCACAGAGACCUGCGGUCGGCAAACAUUCUCGUGGGGAAUGGACUAAUUUGCAAGAUCGCCGACUUCGGAUUGGCCAGGUUGAUCGAGGACAAUGAGUACACAGCAAGACAAGGUGCCAAGUUCCCCAUUAAGUGGACGGCCCCCGAAGCAGCCCUAUACGGGAGGUUCACAAUCAAGUCUGACGUGUGGUCUUUUGGAAUCUUACUCACAGAGCUGGUCACCAAAGGAAGAGUUCCGUACCCAGGCAUGAACAACCGGGAGGUGCUGGAGCAGGUGGAGCGCGGCUACAGGAUGCCCUGUCCGCAGGACUGCCCCAUCUCCCUCCACGAGCUCAUGAUACACUGCUGGAAAAAGGACCCCGAAGAGCGGCCCACUUUCGAGUACCUGCAGGGCUUCCUGGAAGACUACUUCACCGCGACAGAGCCUCAGUAUCAACCCGGGGAAAACCUGUAAGACCUGGGUCUGCAGAGAGAGAGGCCUGGUCCCAGAGGCUUUCCCGCCCCCUCCCCAUUAGCUUUCAAUUCCAUAGCCAGCUGCUCCGAGCAGAGCAGCCAGAACCGUCCAGGAUCAGAUUGCAUGUGACUCUGAAGCUGACGAACUUCCAUGGCCCUCAUUCAUGACACUUGUCCCCACAUCCGAACCUCCUCUGUGAAGCAUUCGAGACAGAACCUUGUUAUUUCUCAGACUUUGGAAAUGCAUUGUAUCGAUGUUAUGUAAAAGGCCAAACCUCUGUUCAGUGUAAAUAGUUACUCCAGUGCCAACGAUCCUAGUGCUUUCCUUUUUUUAAAAUGCAAAUCCUAUGUGAUUUUAACUCUGUCUUCACCUGAUUCAACUAAAAAAAAAAAGUAUUAUUUUCCAAAAGUGGCCUCUUUGUCUAAAACAAUAAAAUUUUUUUUCAUGUUUUAACAAAAACCAA